CUUGCACAGUCUGAGUUUUGGUUCAAGGAAUUUUCGCCUUCUUUUAUGUGUAUCUGGAGUACCAUAUUCGAAUUGCCAGCCUUGCGAAUUGCUUGCAUCACAUAAAAUUACUAACCAUGCCGCCCGACAUCAACUCUCUCCCGCCCUCCCGCUCUACCUCUCACUCCCCUUACCAGGCCCGUACAUUUGCCAAUUCGGCAGAAAUCCCGUCGGGCCAAUCGCUCUCCCCUCGUUCUUCUUCUACAUCUCUUGCAGCUGCCGCGACCAUGAAUGCAACAGACCGCUCGAGACGUUCCUCAGUCAGUGCCAAUCGCGGUUCUCCGCAUGCAACCAGAGUGCACGAGCGACGACGGUCCACGGUAGCCAUGAAUCUGAAUUUAAAUGACCCGACUUUACCUGGCCCUGGCGAGCUGUCCAGUAGUGAUUACCGUUCAUCCAUUGGAAGUUCUUAUAGGACCCACAGUCCAACUAGUAUCGGCGGGAACCCAACUAUCGCCACUGGUGACCCCCACCACCAAAGAACGCCAUCCCUUGGUGAGAUACAUCAGGAGCUAGAAGAAGAGCAAGAAGCGCAGGUGAAUCGACUGCUGCAAAUGAUUCGGAUACAGCAAGCCCAGCUGCAGAGACAGCAACAACAACAGUUUGCAGCGUCAGGGACUGCCAUUGUUGACGAUUCCACUCCAACAUCUGAACGUUCCGUGUCUUUUCCUCCCGUACCGGCGCCUCCGCCAACCCACAGAUCCUCAACGCAAAUUCCAUCCAGUCUUUCCAGACGCCGCAGUUCUGGCCAUUCACCCGCCAUUCCCUCUCAUGUGGAGCCCGAAACCGGUAUCCUCUCUGCUGACUGGUCGUCAAUAGGAGGAGACGGCAGUGGACGACAUGGCAGCCGUGACGAGACGUCCUACUACCAAGCGGAGACGGCGAUGCUAACAAGGGAAAAUCAAAUGCUGCGAGUGAGGAUUCGAGAGCUAGAACGCCAAGUUGCUGAGCUAAGCUCAUCAGCUGCUCACACACCAAGCACAAGUUCGCGCCUAUCGAAUGCAGAGGCAGUGCCUCCAACACCAGCCAGAAUCGAAUCAGAGGAGUCAUCUCAGACACCGCAAUCUGCGGAAGAUGUAGAAAAACCUUGAGAUGCGCAAUUUGAAUCGCGAUUGCGUUUUAUUUUUGCCUGAUCAUACGAAUCCCUCCCCACUUCUCCAAUUCCACGGAUGCCAAGCGAUGUUGCUGGAUGGCUGGAACUCGCGUGCAAUUCGAUAUCCCAAAUUACCUCAGCCACAACCAGCACACGACACACUCGUAUGGACUUAUCUAUGACCCGGAAAAACAAAUAAAAUCUGUUUCGGAUACACAUAGCACUACCACUUAUCUAUUUGCAUCAGCUCUCAGUCUCAUGGUCCGGGUAUUUCCGAUUCUGAUACCUUGUUAACCGCACGAUAAACCCAUUUUAUAAUGAAGUUGAUGUUUGUUGCAAAUUUGUAACCUGUUAGCGAUCUUGCUUGCGCGGGAUAAUACGAUUGUUUUUCCUUUGCAUGUACAUCAUCACAUGUCUGGCCGGGCAGGGUAAGUACUACAUAGCCUGCCAGUGACGGAUGCAUAGAUGCUUGAAUGAAAAGGGCAUUAUCUCUCAUCUUCUAUUGGUCUCACUUCCUCUUUUUGUCAGUUUAUUCCGCCUUUCAUGGCUCAGCAUUCAAAAUCAUAUUUAUUGCUGCUACAGACUUUUUUUUUGUAUGUAUUCUUGUCUGUCUAAUUUUUGUAUCCGUGUAUGGCGUUUCCCAGGAUAUCCAGUCAACCCAACGCAUUUCCCUCUUCUCUUAUUCAAUUAUGAUGAAUGCAUUUAUUGUUGGUACUACUUUUGGCAUUUUUCCAUUUCGCAUUUCUGUUAUCCCGCAGGCUCCAUAUGGAUGAAGCCAUAGGCAUGAAGUGAU